AAUGGUGGUAUACAUAUAAGAAUAAUAUAAUACGCUUUAGAUAAUUUCAGAAUGUCAUGUAACCAUCUAAAAAGUUUUUGUUUACUGUCUUUUUGCGGUUUAUCUGAUCCAAGUUGACGGCUGGUCGCGGAGGUUGCGUCGCCUCCUUCAGUGAGCGUCUCUGGCAGCAGAUCUCGCGAGAGUUCCGCGGUCGCUCGGCAGCAGUCGCUUUUGCAGCAGGGCUGAGGGAGACGGAGAGAGAAGGUGCGGGGAGGCUGCAUCAUGGCGGACAGAGACAGUGAAAGUGAGCACGGUGGAUUCGCCACAGGCCCCGGCCCGAUGCACCCGGGCGCCGCGUCGCGGCUCCAGCACGACACGGAGGAGCUCGCCUCGAAGCGGGUGGACAUCCAGAACAAACGCUUCUAUCUGGACGUGAAGCAGAACGCCAAAGGCCGCUUUCUGAAGAUAGCAGAGGUCGGGGCCGGGGGAAACAAGAGCCGCCUGACUCUCUCCAUGUCCGUCGCCGUGGAGUUCCGCGACUACCUAGGAGACUUCAUCGAGCACUACGCCCAGCUGGGCCCCAGCAACCCUGACACGGUGCAGGACGAGCCCAGGAGAGCGCUUAAGAGCGAGUUCCUGGUGCGCGAGAAUCGGAAGUACUACAUGGAUCUGAAGGAGAACCAGAGGGGGCGGUUUCUCCGGAUCCGACAGACCGUCAACCGCGGGCCCGGCCCGGGAGCCUCGCAAGGCCAGACCAUCGCGCUUCCCGCACAGGGACUCAUCGAGUUCCGCGACGCGCUGGCCAAACUCAUCGACGACUUCGGCGUGGACGAGGACCCCGCGGAGCUGCCCGAGGGCACGUCGCUGACGGUGGACAACAAGCGUUUCUUCUUCGACGUGGGCUCCAACAAGUACGGCGUCUUCAUGCGGGUCAGCGAGGUGAAGCCCACCUACCGCAACUCCAUCACGGUACCCUGCAAAGUGUGGUCCAAAUUCGGCACGACCUUCUGCAAGUACGCGGACGAGAUGAAGAAGAUCCAGGAGCGGAGCCGGGAGCGGAGGGCGCGCGAGAUGCUACCGGAGGGCCUGCACGAGGACGACGGGGACGAGGACUAAUGCAUCUAUGAGUGCACAGAACGAAUGACAUGAUAAUCAGACGUUACUGUAAUAUGGGAUCGAUCUACACACACACCACCCUCACAGACUCAAACAGUUGCAUCUCUUCACUCAUCGCCGGAAGUUACCCACUUACCCACCAUUUAACAGUAAGACGCUGCUAUCGACAACAUGAUGUAUGAACCGUGUCCAGGAUGGUGCAGGAGUGUGUGUAUAUCCCUCUUUACCCACGUGUGUGACACAUCCAAGCUCUUAUGCACUGCAAAAAUCCACUUGUUUUCCAAUACAAAUAUCUAAACAUCCUGACAGCUAUAUAUAUAUAUAUAUAUAUACACAUACACACACACAUACACAUACACACACACACACACACACACACACACACACACAUUUUUAUUAUUUUAAGUAAAAUCCAACAAUUUUAUUCAGAUCACUCAUGACACACAGCAAAGAAUGUCAAUACUUCGAAAUAAAUGAACAUGCCUAGUCAAUGGUAAAAUGACACUUUAUACAAAAACAUAUGAGUGGGGUCAGUUGUAAUACGAUUCAAUAUGCUUUCUAAACACUUCAGCACUGACAUCUGUCAAUCACGUUGCCAACUUGACAGCGGCCGCUUCAUGUGUAAAAACUGAUGACCUAAUGUGUUUUGCAGAUUUUAAAAUGUACUUUCAUAAUUAAAAAAGUACAAAGUGAUGUGAAAAUGCUGCUGAUAUUCAGCAUGCACAUUGGGGUUUUUAACGAGAGUGUGCAAAGUGAGUGACGUCACUGUGGCUUGUUGCUUAUUGGAGCAACUGACCCCACUCCUACAGUUCUGCUUGUCAAUUAGUAUGUAAAAUAUUUUAAAGAUGCUGUGUAUUUGACUGGAAAACAAGAUGGAAUUUUUUUUUUUUUGCAGUGUAAUACUAUUUCCAAAGGUGCAAAUUGAAAAAGAGGAAGAAAUAUAUAAUUAGUGCUCACUUGACUUCUAGCACAAAAGCUAUUAUUUAGGAACCGUUUGAACCAAAGGUUCAACAUGCAAACGAACAUCAGAAGUGUAGGAACAGUAAUGCGGGAGUGCUGUGAAUAUUUAAACAUGCACUAUUAUUAGAUUAUCCAAUUUAUAUAAAAGGACGUCACCCCUUCUGGUUCGACUUAAAAGGUGCACUUGGUCAUUUUUCCAUUAUUUAAACAGUUUUUCGCUGGUGGCAUCAUGGGGGACGCCAUGUUGAGAUCACACGACCAGCCAAUUAACAACAUAAAUGCAAUGUUAUUAGUCACUUUCAUUUGCAAAAUAAAUUUAUCAUGGCAGAAGAAGCUUCAUGUCUCACAUAAAUCAAAAAUGACAGAGUGCACCUUGAAAAGCAUAUGAGGAAAUCUAGAUAUGUUGUUUACUCAUUUGCGUUUUAACUCUAUACACAAAGCAAAUGAGAUUGUUUGUUUGCACGCGUCAUGCAAUGUGUGCUUCGGUAGCCGCACAGCGAAGGCAUUGCUAAAACAACCGGUUGACGUUUGUUCCUGUUAAAUACGAACCCUGUUGCACCAUUGCCCACUGACAUUUGGGCAGACCGUUUCAUUGAAGUGCUAACUUAGAUAUACAAACUAUGAUUUUGUGAAUCAGAUGUACUUAGAUCCUUAUGAAAUUGCCCACGUUUUCUGUGGGAAUUUUUCUUUAUUUUGUUUUUG